CAGCGCUGAUCAUGCAGGUUUUAACUGUGUGACUGGGUUGCAGCAGGCUGCAGGCCAUGUCCCACACAGAAGGAGAAAGCUGAUGUCAGAGCAGAUGAUGAGGGAGACCCCCAUUUGGAAUUUAGAGGCGCUCUUGUAAAUCCUGAGGACCGUCAGUAGAGUUCAGGGCGGUGCGAGAGGAUCCCUCUCUCUGAAGAGAAGAAAUGCGUUUAUUAUCUGCGCUGGAGAUGAAGCAUCCCACAUGGCUUUGCUUCAUUUGGAGUCUCCUGACUGUAGCUGUGAUUCCAGUGUCUUUAGGGGAAAUGUACACGUCGCUGCUGAACGUGAAGCAGGCGAUCAGCGUCGAACGGAAGCUAAUCGAUUACUUGAGAGUUUAUAUCGACCACGAGUUUGAGAGACUGGAGGACAUCAAGCGCUUUUAUGCCAAAGUGUCAGACCUGCACACUGAAGUUUACAAAGGCCCGGCGACAGCGAUGGCCAACCCGCUGGUGGCAUUCACCCUAAUCAAACGGCUGCAUUCCGAGUGGCUGAAUGUAGUCUACAGCAACGAAGCCCUGGAGAACGCACAAGCCCUCAGGUCCAGUUAUGAGAAGGAAGAGGCCAAUCUGCCCAAACUGGAAGACCUCCAGGGGGCUGCCAAGGGGCUGAUGAGGCUGCAGGAUGUGUAUGCUCUCCAAGUUGCGAGCCUUGUGAGGGGUUGUUUCCAGAGAGUCACUAAAGGCAAGCCUAUUGAUAUCUACCUACCUGCAGUGUCUGUCUCGCUGUCUGGUGAUGACUGCUUUCUGGUUGGAAAGGUGGCCUACGAGCAGGAGGACUACUACCACUCUGUGCAGUGGUUGGAGGAGUCGGUACGUCUCUUCAGGGGCACAGGAGGCGAGUGGAGCCCUGAGAAUGAAGGGACUUUAGCGGAUGCUCUGGAUCACCUGGCCUUUUCUCACUUCAAAACAGGAAACAUUUCCUAUGCUAUAAGUCUAUCUCAGGAGUUACUGAACCAUGAUCCAAUGAACGGAAGAGUUUUGCAGAAUAUUGAGAAAUACGAGAAGCUGCUGGGUACAAGUCCACCCAUAUCAAUAAAUGGGCUGAGGAGACCCAGCUCCAAUUAUUUAGGAACCAGGGACACUUAUGAGAGGCUCUGCCAGACCCAAGGCUCUCAGCAGCCAAUGCUUUUUGAAAACCCCAGACUAUUCUGUGACUACUUCACCAACGGGAAUCCCGGACUGCUACUGCUGCCGGUGAGACGUGAGGUGCUGAGCCUGCGGCCGUAUGUGGUCCUGUACCACAACUUUAUCACUGACACAGAGGCUGAAGACAUCAAGAGGACAGCCCAGCCAGGCUUGAAACGAUCUGUGGUGGCAGAUGGAGAGAAACAAGCAACGGCAGAGUACCGCAUCAGCAAGAGUGCAUGGCUGAAGGGCUCAGCACACUCCAUUGUUGGGAAGCUGGACCAGAGGAUCUCCAUGCUCACAGGUCUGAAUGUGGAGCAUCCAUAUGGCGAGUACCUCCAAGUAGUGAAUUAUGGGAUUGGCGGCCAUUAUGAGCCUCAUUUUGACCAUGCUACAUCGCCUUCAAGUCCCGUGUUCAAGCUGAAAACUGGGAAUCGAGUGGCAACCUUUAUGAUAUAUCUCAGCUCUGUCGAGGCAGGUGGGUGCACAGCCUUCAUCUACGGCAACUUCAGCGUUCCCGUCAUGGAGAAAGCUGCCAUUUUCUGGUGGAAUCUCCAUAGAAAUGGUCAAGGAGACGCAGACACGCUGCACGCUGGCUGCCCUGUGCUUAUAGGGGACAAGUGGGUUGCAAACAAAUGGAUCCAUGAGCACGGCCAAGAGUUCCAACAUCGCUGCAGCCUGAAUCCUGAAGUGUGAGUGAGAGGGGUGGAGCGAUAGCUGGGCCCCUUGCAUUACAAGAGCCAGCCUCUACAAUUGAGAGGCACACUUGCAGGUAGAGAGAAGGAGGACGCCAGAAUGUGAGCACACAGGCAGGGGAGGUUUGAGCCGUCAUGGGGCAGCCUUCAUCUGCGAUUGGAGCCCCAGGCCCCAGGGAGCCUGAAGCAUACAGUGCUGAAGUGGACAUGGAUAGCACAAGGCUGAGAGGCUGGGUAGAAGUGGACUGGGGCAGUUGGCAAUCAGCCCCCAGAGGCCAAAUGCUCUCUUCAUCUUACUGGCCAGUUCCUGCAGAUGGAGUGAGGCCUCUGCAUGUGCAAACUGUGCUGGUUUCAGUAAAAUGUGCAAGGCCUCUCCUGCUUGCUUUAAAACUGAUGCAUCCCUUUUUCUACACUGGGCCCACUAUAGGGUCUGUCUUU